GGGGAAGGUAAAAGAAAAGUGCCACUAGCAUAUGGCACAGAAAAUUGCUCGUCGUUGAGUCUCUGUCACUUCCCUCUGCUAUCAUCCAAGCAACCGGCGUGACAAUGGUGAGGCAGCUUGUUUGGCAGCGGGCCACCGCCUCUCAGAGGUUGGCCCCGAAGUGCCUCUCUCCGCAACGACUGUUCAGUCGCCGUGGUCUGGCCACGGAGGCUUCUCCGGCAGCCUCCUCCCGCUUGCCUCCCUACCCGAAGAUCGUUCAAAACCUCGAAAACGUCCGUCGCGUGCUCGGUCAGGACCGCAACUUGACAUUGGCGGAGAAGAUCCUCUAUGCCCAUCUGGACAACCCCGAGGAGUCCCUUCUGACCGGCACCAACAAUGGCCGUGACAUUCGCGGCAAGGCCAACUUGAAAUUGAAGCCCGAUCGCGUGGCGAUGCAGGAUGCGUCGGCCCAGAUGGCACUUUUGCAGUUCAUGUCUUGCGGUCUCCCCUCGACGGCCGUGCCCGCGAGUAUCCACUGCGACCACAUGAUUGUUGGUGAGCGUGGUGCUGACACUGAUCUGCCGGCAUCCAUCAAGGGUAACAGCGAGGUGUUUGACUUCCUGGAGAGUGCUGCCAAGCGCUAUGGAAUUGAGUUCUGGCCCCCUGGUGCCGGUAUCAUUCACCAGAGCGUUCUGGAGAACUACGCUGCCCCGGGUCUGAUGAUGCUGGGAACUGACAGUCACACCCCCAACGCCGGUGGUCUGGGUGCCAUUGCCAUUGGUGUCGGUGGUGCAGAUGCUGUUGAUGCGCUGGUUGACGCCCCUUGGGAGCUCAAGGCGCCCCGCGUCCUGGGUGUGCGUCUGGAGGGCAAGCUCAACGGCUGGGCUGCCCCCAAGGACAUCAUCCUCCACUUGGCCGGUAAGCUCACCGUCCGUGGUGGAACCGGCUUCAUCAUUGAGUACCACGGACCUGGUCUGGAGACCCUGAGCUGCACUGGUAUGGCCACCAUCUGUAACAUGGGUGCCGAGGUGGGCGCGACGACCUCCGUGUUCCCCUUCUCCCCCAACCACGUUCCCUACCUGCAGGCGACUCACCGGGCUGAUGUUGCCCGUGCCGCCUCUGAGAUCGCCGGUUCCGGUCCCAGGAACCUUCUCCGUGCCGAUGGCGGUGCUGAGUAUGACCAGCUGAUCACCAUCGACCUGUCGACGCUGGAGCCUCACAUCAACGGUCCCUUCACCCCCGAUUUCUCCGUUCCCUUGUCUGCUUUCGCCGACACCGUUCGUGAGAAGCAAUGGCCCGAGUCCCUUGGUGCGGGUCUGAUUGGUAGCUGCACAAACAGUUCCUACGAGGACAUGACCCGUGCGGAGAACCUGGUCAAGCAGGCCUCUGCCGCCGGUCUUCAGCCCAAGUCCGACUUCUUCAUCACCCCCGGUAGUGAGCAGAUUCGCGCCACCCUGGACCGCGAUCAGACUCUGUCGACCUUCUCGCAGGCUGGCGGUACCGUCCUGGCCAACGCCUGCGGUCCCUGCAUUGGUCAGUGGAAGCGCACAGACGGUGUCCCCAAGGGCGAGGACAACGCCAUCCUUACCUCCUACAACCGGAACUUCCCCGGUCGUAACGACGGCAACCGGAGAACCAUGAACUUCCUGGCCUCCCCUGAGCUCGUCACCGCCAUGGUUUACUCUGGAAGCACCACCUUCAACCCCAUGACCGACAGCAUUACCACCCCCAGCGGUGAGGAAUUCCGCUUCCAGCCUCCCACCGGCUACGCUCUUCCCAGUGACGGCUUUGCCGACGGUAACCCUGACUUCCAGCCCACUGCCGCUGUGCCCGACCCGUCCUGCGAGGUGAUUGUCUCCCCCACCUCGGAUCGUCUGGCCCUUCUGGAGCCCUUCGCUCCCUUCCCCAAGGGCGACCUCUCCGGCCUUAAGGUUCUGUACAAGGUCCGUGGUCAGUGCACGACUGACACCAUCUCGGCGGCUGGUCCGUGGUUGAAGUACAAGGGUCACCUGCCCAACAUCUCCGCCAACACCCUGAUCGGUGCCGUCAACGCCGCCACCGGUGAGACUAACGUUGCCUACGACGAGGACGGCAAGCAGUACUCCAUUCCGGACCUGGCCGCCCAGUGGAAGGCCAACGGUGUUGAGUGGCUGGUCGUGGCUGAGGAGAACUACGGUGAGGGUAGUGCACGUGAGCACGCUGCCCUGCAGCCCCGUUACCUGGGUGGACGCAUCAUCGUGGCCAAGAGCUUUGCCCGUAUCCACGAGACAAACCUGAAGAAGCAGGGUGUCGUUCCCUUGACUUUCGAGAACUCUGCCGACUAUGACAAGAUUGAUGCUUGUGACCAGGUGGCCACCGAGGGACUGUAUGAGGUCUUGCAGGCUGGUGGACAGGGCUCCAUCCAGCUGCGGGUGACCAAGCGCAGCGGCGAGUCGCUGGUGAUCCCCGUCAAGCACACUCUCAGUCCGGACCAGUGUGCUUUUGUCCUGGCCGGUAGUGCGUUGAACUUGCUGGCUCAGAAGGCCAACAAGAAAAGUGCUUGAUUAAUGGGUGAUGGGUGAAAAUUCAGCGAAGUGUACAUAUAUCCAUCUGUUGGUGUUUUGUUCUAUCUACUUUCGAGCGUUAUAUUAGUAGAUCAUGUUAGACAAUAAACUGUCUGGACUUG